GUGUUGGGGGGAAAAAUAGAGAAGAAAGAGCGAAGAGACGGCGACAGGGCAGGGAGCGAGGGCACAACCGGCGCUUGCCGCUCCCUCCGCCAUGGGAGCCGACACCAAGGGACCACGGGGCCGCGGGGCUGCCGGGACGCUGCUGGCCCCGGGAUGGUGACAGGGCAGGGGCUGGGACCACCUGCUCCCCACCUCCCGUGUCCGUGUGUCCCCUCUUCCCAGCAGCACCGCGACACAGGUUUGGCCUUUCUGGAGCCCUCAGCCCUGUGAUGUGGCAGCUGUGACAAGGACGGGACGCAGCGGGCGCUGGGGCACACGUUGGAGACGUUGGAUGGAAACGGUGGCUGCACAAAGGACGUAUCCCCGGCUGCAAGCCCUGCAGAUGCCCCUUGCCAUGUCCUCCGGUCCCCACCGAAGCUGGGGUAUGUCCCGCUGCACGUCACUGACCCUGCGCUCCCCCCAGGCACUGUCCUGCCCCCAGCUCUAAGGAUGCGUUGGCUUCCCGUGCUCGGCUCCCUCUGGCUCUUGGUGGUCCCCCCUGCAUCAAGCAUCUUCCAGCGGCCGACAGGGAGCCCAGCCCCCCCGCGCCUGCAGUACCUGCUGGAGCCCCUCCACGCCACGGUGCACACGCAGCGGGGGGCCACGGCCACCCUGCCCUGCGUCCUGCGCGCCCUGCCCAGCAACUACCGCGUGAAGUGGAGCAAGGUGGAACCAGCCAACUACCGGGAGAGCAUCAUCAUCAUCACCAACGGGCUGUACCACAAGAACUACGGGCCACUGAGCCCGCGGGUGCGCCUGCGGCACAGCCACCGCUACGAUGCCUCGCUCACCAUCACCAACGUGGCUCUGGAGGAUGAGGGACGUUACCGCUGCCAGCUGGUCAACGGGCUGGAGGAUGAGAGCGUCUCGCUAACCCUGCACCUUGAAGGUGUUGUCUUUCCCUACCAACCCAGCAACGGGCGCUACAAAUUCAACUACCAUGAAGCCAAGCGAGCCUGCGAGCAACAGGACUCCCGCCUCGCCACCUACCAGCAGCUCUAUAAAGCCUGGACGGAGGGGCUGGAUUGGUGCAACGCUGGCUGGAUCCUCGACGGGACCGUCCACUACCCCAUCAUCAACUCACGGGAGCCGUGCGGCGGCCGCCUCCUCCUGCCGGGCGUCCGGACCUAUGGCGCCAGGGACAAGCAGAAGGACCGAUUCGAUGCCUUCUGCUUCACCUCUGCUCUUCAAGGCCAGGUCUACUUCAUCCGGGGCCACCUGAACUUCAAGGAGGCCGGGCAAGCGUGCCAGAACCAUGGUGCCGCCAUCGCCAAAGUGGGGCAGCUCUACUCAGCCUGGAAGUUUUCUCAGCUGGAUCGCUGUGACGGGGGGUGGCUGGCGGACGGCAGCGUGCGGUACCCCAUCACCACCCCCCGGCAGCGCUGCGGGGGGCUGCCCGACCCCGGCGUCCGCAGCUUCGGCUUUCCCAGCAAGGAGCUGCGGACCUACGGCACCUACUGCUUCACCGGGAAGUAGGAGCAGCGGGAGGAGAGGUGGGCUGAGCGGAGGGGACGGUGCAGGGACACCAGCCCUCGUCACCAAGGUGGUGAGGUCAAAGUGGGCGACUGAGGGGGUCUCCCAGUGGUUUGUGCAUCCUCCGACGGAGCGCUGGAGCUGGAUUCGGGUGCUUAUUGCAUCCUAUGAUGGAGCUGCUCCCUGCACCCCACCCUGCUUCGAGACUUUUUGGGGUUCAGGGCUCGCUGGAGAAGCCAAACUCAUUGCUGGACGAGGAAUGGGGUUCUGAUCCCGCCCCCAAGGGCAACACAGGCUCCCCGUUCCCCAACCUCAUUGUGUCCUUCUCCCUGUCCCCGCUCCCGCAGCCACGAGGAUUCAGACUGGUGCAAGUGCGACACGGGGCUGGGCAUUAACGAGCGUGACUAAUGGAGUUUUGCCUUCUCAAUUAAUAAAGCGACGGUAGAGCUGCAUGGCAGAGCCGCGCUCCUGCCUGGCCGCUGCCCCCCCGGGACUGUCUGACCCCUCCGUGAUAUUUGCCAAGGGUUUUCCAUCUCAGACAGGGGGUCAGCCAAUGCGGGGGCCCCCCAGCUGCCCUGUCCCACAGUUAUCGGUGUCCCUGGCACCGCACACCGGGGGUUUCUGAGUUUUGCUGUUUGUCUGGCCGGGGAGAGCUAUAAAAAGCUGUAUUGCUGGCACAGCACCGGGGGAAAAACUGCGUGGGGAGAUACCAGCAUCCCCCAGCACCCACAAUGUGCCCCCAAGUCCCCUGUGUUUGCAUCCCAGCCCAAACCCUGAGCGGUCCCCAAGGCCACCCAGAUGCGGGAGCCACUUUGUGCUGUUCCUGCAGUCCCUGGGGAUGUUGCUGUGCCCAGGCUGUUCCCGGUGGCUCCACAGCACCGGUUGGGGCUGCCGUGCUCCAAAUUUUGGGGCCGUGCAGCCUUGUCUGUCCCACCCCUGUGCCAGGGCUGCCCCCGAUGGCCAGACCACUGCUCUGUGCCACCUAUAUACCAGUUUUAAGACCCACAGCAACAUGGAGGGGAGUUUGGGAGACACAUACCCAUGGCAGCGGAUUCUACCUUUCCUGCAAGUGCAAAAGCCCCCAACCCCAGGAUGGACACUGAGCUUCAGCACAGCUUGAGUGUCCCCAUGUCCCCCCACGAGGGCGUCUGCCCUGUGGGCCAUAGGUGGGAGAAAGGGGACGCUGGCACAGCAUAGCCAUCGCCUUCCCGCAGUGACCCCCCUUGAUUUGGACUCCGUUGUGGCUCCAGGAACAAAACACCCCUCGUGCUACGUUUCGAGUCGCUGUCGGUUCCUUUCAAGGGAAUCUUUACUUAUUAGGAUUUCUUUGUACAGAUAUAAAACAAGCAAGGAGGCAGACACCCAGUGGUGAGAUUCCGCCACACGCCGGUGUCUGCGCUGGUGUCUUGGCACCGGCUCCAUCCGCGGUGGCUCCAGCACCCAAGGAGGGGGCGGCUUCUGCCCUGGGGACUCGCUCAGUCGUCGGGGGGCUGACCCAGGCCUGGGGGGGACACGAGAAGCCCCGGGUGAAGGGAAAACCCCAACAGAUGCUGGGGGGAGAUGGGGGAACCCCGCACUCACCGGGGCGACAGGCGAGCUGGGGGGGCUCCCAUGUCCCAUCCUCCCGGCACCGGAUGAUGGGCGAGCGGCGGGGGGCAAAGCCGGGGCGGCACUGGUACCGCGUGAUGGAGCCAA